UGAUUGUAUUGGUAUCAUAUCCUCGGACCGCCCCUUUCCCCAUCCCUGUGCGGAGAGUCGCUCAAGCAGCCGAGGCGCACAGGCGGGACAUCCCGGCUGGACGACCGGCCGCUGCGGACCUGGCUACCUGGCCGAAAAAACUCCACCAUCAGACCUGGAAUAGCGUGAAGAAAAGAAAAUAAUAAAUAAACCGAAGUAUAAUCACCUUGUCCUUCUGGAAUCGCCAUUUAAAGAGGAGUCAGCCAGGCUCCAGCAGCGCACCCAAAAAAUACAAAGCCAGAGGACGAGCCGACCGGAGGGGGGGGGGGGACGACAACCAGGCACUGCCCGGAGAGAGACGUCCGACCUGGGGUACCAGAAAAGAUGGAGGAUUAGCAGAUAAUCCAGGUAGACGGUUCCAUGGUGCGACCACAGAACAGUUUGCAGCUGGACUCGGACCUAUUUCUGAGCUGAUGUCGACAAAGCCAAAGCCCAAAGCAACCGGGGGAAACCAGGCAACCUGACCACACUCCAACAGGCCUCGCUGCUUCCAAGAACCCAACUGCAUACUGUUCUCCUCAAUUUAUCUCUGUUUAACUCAGCCGGCUAUGCGUAACAAGACACUACGAAAAGUGGACUGAAUUUGCACAUGAUAAACAGCAAUAAUAUUCCAGCAAACUCCAAAGACUGAGGUUUAACUUUUCAACCUUAAGCGACUCCUAAGUGUGGUUUCACGAAGCGGGAAUUAGUUUUCAGAGUAAUUUUUUCGGUGCAUGCUUUGGAGGGACAGGACUGAAUUUGCGCAGUGAUAAACAGCGAUAAUAUUCUCAUGAGCUCCCAAGAAUGAGGUAUAACUUUUCAAGCUUUAACGAUUCCUAAAUGUGGUUUCAUGAACUCGGAGGAACUUUUCAGAGUCAUUUUUUAGGCCCACGCUUUGGAUCAACAGCAUCUGUGAAACCGCCGAAAUGUCAGUGAUUUUGUCAUAAAACUGGGAGGGAAAAAGAAAGCAUAAUUUUGUUGUUCAAAUUCUGCACUGAGUGGGAUUAACAGCAGUUCUGGACAUUGUUAGGUUCAUUUUCAGGAUUUUUUUUUCCACUGUUCACCUGUUGUGACCAUGAACCUGCAGGGAAAGCUGUCGGGCCUUAAAGGCCUCGUCUCCCACUCACACAGCAAGCGACGUUUUAAAGCCGAUCUCACGCCGGACAUGAUCAGCCCUCCGCUGGGCGACUUCCGCCACACCAUGCACGUGGGCCGCGGCGGCGACGUGUUCGGGGACACCUCCUUCCUCAGCAACCACGGCGGGACGGCCAACGGGAACAACGGGGAGACGGAUUCUACCUCCACCCCCGACAACAAGAUCGGGGCGUUCUUCACCAGGACGCUCCGUCACGUGAGGAAGGGCUCCGAGAACCGAUCCAGAGGCGGGUCGAAAGAUCUGUCGCCGCCACCGCCGCCCAUCUCGCCCAUCAUUAAGAACGCCAUUUCCCUCCCCAGGCUGGAUGUGGACCUGUCGAAUGGGAGUCCCACCGCCAAAGUGCUGUUCCCCAGUUCUCCAGUCACGCCAGAGGAGAAGAAAUGCUCUUAUGGUCUGGAGUCCGGGUUCGUCACUCUGCCGCGUCUGUCCCGCUCCGAGCGCCAGCAGCCCUCCAUCUCCAUCUCCACUUCCUGUUCCCCCGACGUCCACCGCGGCUCGCUGACCGACGCCUCCGACGCCAUCCUGUCCUCUGCCCCCAUCGUGACCUCCGACCCCGACACCACCGCCGCCACCACCGCCUUCUCCGACUCCCUCCCCUCCCUCACCUCCCUGGACACCUUCACCUUUGACCUCGGCCCCUCCCUCAUGAGCGAGGUGUUCGGCCUGAUCGGCAGCCCCGACAGCCACUCGGAGGAGCCCGGCCACACCUGGGAGAGCGAGGAGGCGGGGUCGGCGUGCGGGCUGACCAAUGAGGGCUCAGAGAUGGACUCGGCCACUAUCUCGUACGUGGACUCCCUGCUGAGGGAGGACUGUGGGAGCAGGAAGAGCCCGUACGGGGCGGAGUGGGACGAGGAGGAGGGCGGCGGGAUGGAGGUGAACGGAGUCGGGCUGCACCUUAAAGGGGCGGUGCCCGACGUGCUGAUGGGCUCGCCCGGUCGAGACAGGUUAGGGAUGAGCAUGGAGAGCGACAGGUUCCAGAGCGCCACGGACGUCCUCGCGCGGCACUACGGCGUCAGCGGGGUCUUAAAGGGGCAGAGCAGGAUGGGUCCUGCCGAUUCAGACAUGAUGAUCAUCACCCAGAUGAAGAAGAAAACGUCGUACAGUUACCUCGACGACGAAGAGGAAAUCAAAGUCUGAGUGGAGCAAACAUGAGGUGUUCUGACACUAAACAAAUGAUAAUAAAUGAUUACCUGAUUUAUGAUUGUUCCAUAAUUCCACCCCAAUCAGUCGCCUUUAAUUUUUUGUUAUGAGCAGCAACUCUUUUUGUUUGAGGAUGACCCUGAAAACCACAAACAUGAAGUCAUUCCUAUAUUCCACCGAGGCUAUUGGAUAUUGGAUUUGUCACUUUUAUCUAAUCACACUUCUAUGGACGUGAAACUGUGAUGCAGGUCUGUUGUUGAAUGUAUCUAAAACGAUAAAGGGAAGGACGAUGGCUGCACAGACGAUGGCUGAGGCGAAGAGGAGGAGCGGUGGGGGAAAAAAAAAGCAAUGUGAUUUAUUUCAAGUGGUCGUGACUCAUGAAAUCCAGACUGAAACAAAAGGGAGGUGUGGAAAGUGAGGAUGUACCAGAGAAAGUGGCCAGACACAAGGGAGUCUCCGAGGAAAGAUCAGCGGCAUGACUAAAUAUAGACGUUACGAAGCCUGUCACUCACUUUUUGUACUUCACACUCGACUUCCUCCCAUAUUAGGCGGCGGCGGGCGGGUGGGACUCACAAAGCGAGUCGCGGUGACUGUACAGAGCUCAGAGAGGAAAUGAGGAUAAAAAAAAAAAAAUCAAAGAGGAUUCAACCUAAUUCCAGGCUUUUUUCCUUUGUCAUCACUACAGAGACUUUUCACUCAGGAAUACACUACCAAAAAAAAAAAGAACAAAAGGGAGUAAAGGGAGCAAAUUAAGUGAAUUAAGAGAUCUGGUAUCUCUGGAUUUGUGAUGUGAAGCAAUAGCCUCUUGCAGAUGAAGUGAAACCAAAAAAAAAAAAAAAAAAAAAAAAA